AGCACUUGAGAAGCCAAUGCUACGUCAUGACGUCGCAACACGCUCGCGUCGGUGACGCAUAAGUGUAGGAUGUAGCCCAGGACGUGGCUAGCGAGCUACUAGUAGGACGUCCAAAAUACAUAAGAAUCGCGAGUAGGAUCUGUUUUCGUACACGCACGGGGAGUGUCUGCAUCUCUUUCCCCAGAAAGCCGUUCCUGCCAGAUGUGAUGUAUAAGGAAUACAUCAAGAGCUGAAUGGAAGAAUUUCACACCUUUUGUGAGUGAGGUAGGCGUGAAAGGAGUUUGUGGGUCUCAGUAAUGUACCAUGGGGUACGACGUUACAAGGUUCCAAGGCGAGGUGGAUGAAGACCUGCUGUGCCCUAUCUGUAGUGGAGUACUAGAAGAACCAGUUCAGGCUCCACACUGUGAGCAUGCGUUUUGCAAUGCUUGUAUAACACAGUGGUUCGCACAGCAGCAGAUAUGUCCUGUUGAUCGGACGGUCGUGACGCUAGCCCAUCUCCGGCCCGUGCCCCGCAUCAUGCGCAACAUGCUGUCCAAACUGCAGAUCAACUGCGACAACGCCAGCUUCGGCUGCACGGCCACUCUGCGCCUGGACCAGCUGCAGUCGCACCUCAAAGACUGUGAGCACAACCCUAAAAGGCCUGUCAACUGUGAGGAGGGAUGUGGGCUUGAGAUGCCCAAAGAUGAGCUGCCCAACCAUAACUGCAUCAAACACUUACGGAGCGUCGUCCAGCUGCAACAGACUAAGAUUUCAGAGCUGGAGAAAACAGUGGCUGAGCAUAAACACCAGUUAGGCGAACAAAAACGAGACAUUCAGCUGCUAAAAGCCUACAUGAGGGCAAUACGCAGUGCGAACCCCAACCUACAAAACCUUGAGGAAAGCAUCGAGUACAAUGAAAUCCUGGAGUGGGUAAACUCCAUGCAGCCUGCCAGAGUGACGCGCUGGGGGGGCAUGAUCUCCACUCCCGACGCGGUGCUCCAGGCAGUCAUCAAACGCUCCCUCAUCGACAGUGGGUGUCCUCUCUCCAUCGUGAAUGACCUGAUUGAGAAUGCCCACGAGCGGAACUGGCCGCAGGGACUGGCCACUCUCGAGACGCGGCAGAUGAACAGACGUUACUACGAGAACUAUGUUGCCAAGCGCAUCCCUGGCAAGCAGGCGGUGGUGGUGAUGGCCUGUGAGAAUCAGCAUAUGGGGGAGGAUAUGAUUCUGGAGCCUGGCCUGGUUAUGAUCUUUGCUCACGGUGUGGAGGAGAUCAUAUAACUGUUCUGCCGGCUGAGCUGGUUCAGAGACAAGUGGGGACGUUUUGAUUGGGGGUCUGCUGUGACAAGUUGUGUGUUCCCUCGCUGGAGUCGAUCCUUCUGAAUAAAUCUGGCUUAUUUAAAAUAAAAUCUAAUAAGAGAUUUUAAUGCUUGAUACCUAUGCCUUAAUGUAAGGACAAAUGCAUUAUGAACGUGGCGAAUAUAAAACUUAAUCUGACUGAUAUCUAUGAUAAAAGGUUAGAUGUGAUGUUUACAAGGUUCAUAUUUAGUGCAUUAUAUGAUCUGAUUGUUCUGCUCCAAGUCCCAGUAUAGUAAUAAGCUUGAACCCCCAUUUGAUGCCCUCAGGUGUAUAAAUACUUGUAAAUACAAAUACUAUAUUGAAUUAUAUAUGUCAUUUUCUUAUUCCUCUCAGUGUAAUUACAUUGUGAUUUCUUUUGUUUUUGACUUUUCUUAUGUUGCAUUAGUGUCUGCAGAGACAUGGACUUGGAAGUUUAGUUUUUUUGUGUGUAUGUGCUUUAGUAUUUAGUUACUUGUGAAUAUUUCACAAAACAAUGUGCUUCUCAGUUUAGAUUGUCCAAACCUUUUGUGCCAUUCGUUUUAUUUAUUGUGUUGCCUUUUACACCAACAUGCUUGAAAACAUUACCAUGUGAUGUAUAGGUCGGCCUUUUUCCGAUGCGUUUGAAGAGCACGGCAGAAUGAAAAACUUAUUUUUGUGCUUUCUUUGUUUAAUUGUGUGUAUGUGUUUGUGUAUACACACAUAUAUUUAUACACGUACACAUAUGUGCGUGUAUAUAUUCAUAAUCAGUAUGUUAGGUUCAGUUCAAGUGUAAAAUCGAAGUAUUAAGAGUUUAUAUAUGUAUAAUUUUAGACUAUUGAGCUUCUCACAUUGCAGCAAUGGAUCCACUCUCAUCUCACUGAAAACCACAAAUUACAUACUGUAAAAAUUAGAUAUAUCUGCAAAGUCACUCGAAUGGCUUUUUAACAGUUUGUUUCACUUUUUGUCACUUAUUGUUGUGGUAAUGUGAGCAAGACUCCAGAUGUCUGGUAUAAAAGUCCACAAAGGUGCAGUAAGUGAAAACAUUUAGAUUGUGUCCUUUUUAUUUUCUUAGUAAUGUUUUUAUUUGUGUGUGUCCUUGUAUGUAUUGUGUUGUACAGACAAGAGAAUAAUAAAUUGUUCCUUCCAAAGAA